AUGGAUCAGUACAGUGCUAAGGCACUGAUCAUUGCUUUGUCGAUAGUUUCUAGACUAAUUUUUGGUUUCACCCCAUUACUUGUAUCCAGAAAACUGCUAAGCAACAAAUCUACAGAUUCACUGACAUCAAAAACAUCGGAGUAUCUAGUUUCAUUAUGCUUAAGUUUGGGUGGAGGUGUGUUGCUAGCUACCUGUUUUGCUCAUCUGAUACCAGAAGUGAGGGAGAGCCUCAUUGAAAAUUUGCCGGAAGACUAUCAUCAUUAUCCACUUACUGAACUGGUUGUUUGUAUGGGUUUUUUUCUUGUCUACUUUGUUGAAGAGUCUGUAAAGCAUUUUGUUAAAAAACACAAAAAACGCAGUAAAGCAAAAACUACACGACACUGUGACAGACUAUUACAAUGGACAAACAGUGAGUUGACAGCGGUCAAGUCUGCUGAUGAUGUUAAUUCUGUUAGUGUAGAUCAAGGAACUGGAACUCCAGAUUGCCAAAUUGAACAAAAUAAUAAUGAAAUGUCACAUGUACAUAAUUUAAGAAGUCUAUUAGUUGUACUGGCAUUAUCAUUUCAUUCUGUUAUGGAAGGACUAGCUAUUGGCUUGGAAGAAAAUAUGGAAAAUAUGGGUUUCCUGUUUUUAGCUGUUUCUAUCCACGAAUGUACUAUAUUAUUUUGUAUUGGCAUAAAAUUGGUGACUUCGUGUUCAUCUUUGACAAAUAUUGUUUUAAAUAUUGUCGUUCUUACUCUGGUAUCGCCUUUUGGUAUAUUGUUGGGAUUGUUAUUAACAUUAAAUACAUAUGAUUUGGACCAGAAUUAUCAUACAAUUGGAAAUGCAACUUUACAAGGCUUAGCUGCUGGUACAAUCCUAUAUGUUACAUUUUUUGAAGUACUAGAUCGAGAAAGAAAAAAGGACACAGCGCCUGGUUUGCUCAAGUUACUGUUAACUAUGAUUGGAUUUUUUUUUAUGGUUAUGUUAGAAAUUUUUGGUGGACAUACCCAUAAAGAAUUCGAGCAUGAACAUAACAACUGCUCUACACCUCAUAUUCAUGGACCUUAA